AUGAUCUUCAAAUCAUUUCUCCUCUCAUCACUUUUGGCCACUGGCCUCGCUUUAUACAUACCUCAAGAGGACAUCGCGAGCAAAGAAUGCGAUUGCUCAGGGAAGAAUGUUCGCAAGAACGACAACCUCAGGCACAUUUACAUUUGCGGUGAUGAACGUCUAGGGCCUACAGACCUCCCAACGAAGCUCCCCCUCAGCACAUAUAUCAGUGGCUAUGACCGUUUUGGAGGCUUGACUCCCAAUGAAUUCCUCGAGAAAUGGUGGGACAACACGACCAGACCCGAUGGCAAAAAGCCAAUUGGCUGGAAGUAUCCGUUGAAGAAUGGGUUUGAGCUAGAUGAUGACGAACGCCCGAUCAAGGCAAACGUGAAUCUCACGCCAGGAACGCUAGUUGACCGGUUUGGAGAACCGACAGGACGUUAUAUCUCCCCUGCUACAGCUCCCUUCUCACAAAGAGCUCUCCACCCUGGGAAUCUGAUCACUGGGCAGAACCAAGACUUUCCUAACAACUAUCACGUGUACAACGUGACCAAAUCAUUCACCGUUCAGGCUGGACCUAUCAGACCGUGGUUUGGACAACCGGGUUAUGGGGUGCAGUUCUUCCUUGGUGUUGGCAUCACGGUGAACGACUACUUGGACAACGGCAGCCUCGUUCAACUCAACGCAUCGGCCUUGAUUAGAGAAUCAAAGCAGUGUGCACUAGGUGGAGGGAAGACUGACUUAGAUUCGGAAGAGCUAUAG